CUUCUGUAUCUUCCCUUCACUCGUCAUUCUCACAGCCUUCUCCUCCUUUCCUUUUCUUCUUCAUAAUAUAGAACCUGGGUUUCGUUAGGGUUUACGAAAUUGAAGGUUAUUGUUUUACGUGUAAAUUCUUUUUAAACAUGGAUGGAUCUACGGCUCUGAUGAUCUUAUCAGCCAUGGUGGCGUAUUUAGUGUGGUUCAAGUUUAUUUCAAGGUCGCUUAAUGGUCCACGUGUUUGGCCCUUAUUGGGUAGUCUCCCUGGGCUCAUCCAGAAUUCUACUUGCAUGCAUGAGUGGAUCGCCGACAAUCUCCGCGCGUGUGGUGGCACGUACCAGACUUGCAUUGCUGCAAUUCCAUUAUUGGCCCGGAAACAAGGUCUGGUGACUGUCACGUGUGAUCCGAAGAAUUUGGAGCAUAUUUUGAAGAUCCGGUUCGAUAAUUACCCUAAGGGGCCUACUUGGCAAGCUGUGUUCCAUGAUUUGCUGGGUGAUGGGAUCUUUAAUUCUGAUGGAGACACGUGGCUGUUCCAGCGGAAGACUGCCGCAUUAGAAUUUACCACCCGGACGCUGCGCCAUGCUAUGGCACGGUGGGUUAGCCGAGCCAUUAAGUAUCGGUUUUGCCCGAUUCUUGAAUCGGCUCAGCUCCAAGGGAAGCGAAUUGAUCUUCAAGACUUAUUGCUUCGGCUCACUUUUGAUAACAUAUGCGGCUUGACUUUCGGUAAGGACCCUCAAACACUUUCCCCAGGACUUCCAGAGAACGGCUUCGCAAUGGCUUUUGAUCGAGCCACGGAAGCCACGCUCCAACGCUUUAUUUUGCCUGAAAUCGUAUGGAAGCUGAGGAAAUGGCUUCGGCUUGGGAUGGAAGUUAAGUUGAGCCAAAGCCUUAAACACAUGGAUAAAUACUUAUCCGAAAUCAUAAAUACACGUAAGCAAGAGUUGGUGAGUCAGCAUCAAAGUGAGAUCCAACACGACGAUUUGUUAUCCCGUUUCAUGAAAAAAAAAGAAUCCUAUUCAGAUGAAUUCCUUCAGCACGUGGCACUCAAUUUCAUCCUAGCUGGACGUGACACGUCAUCAGUUGCCCUUUGUUGGUUUUUUUGGUUAGUAAAUCAAAACUCAAGGGUGGAAGACAAAAUUCUCAUCGAGAUUUGCACUAUUCUAAUGGAGACACGUGGAUCCGACACUUCCAAAUGGGUUGAUGAACCAUUAGUGUUUGAAGAAGUAGAUCGAAUGAUAUACCUUAAAGCCGCACUAUCUGAAACACUAAGGCUUUACCCAUCAGUGCCACAAGACUCAAAGCAUGUAAUCGCCGAUGAUGUCUUGCCGAACGGAGCAUUUAUCCCAGCGGGAUCAAAUGUCACAUAUUCUAUAUAUUCAACCGGUCGGAUGAAAUUUAUAUGGGGCGAAGAUUGCUUAGAAUUCAAACCGGAAAGAUGGUUAUCAGAAGAUGGCAAAAGAUUCGAGACCCAAGAUUCAUACAAAUUUGUUUCUUUCAACGCAGGUCCUAGGAUUUGUUUAGGAAAGGAUUUAGCUUACCUGCAGAUGAAAUCAAUAGCCGCGGCGGUGCUGUUACGCCACCGUCUGACAGUGGCGGAAGGACACCGGGUGGAGCAGAAAAUGUCACUAACAUUGUUCAUGAAAUAUGGUCUAGUGAUGGACGUGCACCCAAGAAAUCUAAAGCCUGUACUGGAAAAAAUAGGCAAAGCUGGUGAAGUCAUUGCCUCUAAUGGCAACUAUAUGACGAAUUAAUCACAGCAGCUGGAGUAUUAAUUAAGAUAGUAUUAUACUAUUAUAUAUAUUUAUUUUAAAUCAUCUAUAAAUGCAAGUGAAAUAAAACCUGAAACCCAACUA